ACCCUCCUAAACAUCUCCUACAUCGCUCUCGUCGACAUGGCCGACGCGCCCCUCUUCUUGGGUCUCGACCUUUCUACUCAAGGCCUCAAGGCGGUCCUCAUCACAGAGGACGCACAGGUCGCACACGAAUCUGCUGUCAACUUUGACAAGGAACUCCCUCAGUAUGGCACUACGAACGGUGCCAUCAAAGGACCCGACGAAGGCGAAGUCACGUCGCCUGUUAAGAUGUGGCUUGAAGCCAUGGAUCUCAUCGUCAACAAAAUGAAAACCGCGGGUGUCGACCUUGGCCGCAUCAUGGCCAUCUCAGGCGACGGUCAGCAACACGGCUCCGUGUACUGGUCAAACGACGCCGAAAAUCUUCUCUCAGGUUUAAACCCGUCCAAGGGUCUGGCUGAGCAGCUGUCUCCCACUGCAUUCACCUUCCAACGCUCUCCUAUCUGGCAAGACUCGUCUACCACUCGUGACUGUCGCGAGCUUGAGGAGUUUGUAGGCGGUCCGCAGGUUUUGGCAGACAUCACCGGCAGCCGCGCCUAUGAGCGAUUCACAGGAAACCAGAUUCGUCGACUCCGCCGCCUCUAUCCUGCAAGCUAUGCUGCUACUGCGCGUAUCUCUCUCGUAUCUUCAUUCAUGCCUUCGCUUUUCAUCGGAUCGAUUGCUCCGAUCGAAGUUUCGGAUGCCAGCGGGAUGAACCUUAUGAACGUUCUCACUUGCAAGUGGGAAGACAAACUGCUCGAGUUCUGUGGUGGUCUCGAGCUCCGCCAGAAAAUUGGUCCCGAGCCUGUUCCCGGUGGCACUGUUCUAGGCAACAUCAGCAGCUACUGGGUAGAGCGGUACGGCUUCAGCCCGCAGUGCCACAUUGCCCCGUUCACAGGCGACAACCCUGCCACCGUGGUAGCCCUUUCUUCUCCGGGAGAUGCCAUUCUUUCUCUCGGCACUUCUACGACUCUGCUUCUCAGCAUCCCGCCAACUACCGAACCACCGAAGCGCUUCACCUCUUCACAUCUCCUCUCCCAUCCUACGACCCUGGAUGCCCACAUCGCCAUGCUCUGCUACAAGAACGGCGCGCUCGCCCGCGAGCAGGUUCGCGACAAGUACGCGCAGGGCAACUGGCAAAAGUUCAACGAGCUCGUUGAAGCGACACCGGCGGGCAACGACGGCCUCCUCGGAUACUACUUCCCGCUUCCGGAGAUUAUCCCUCCGAACGUCGAAGGCACUUUCCUCUUCGAUAAGGAUGGCCGACCUGUCGAAGAGGCAUCCGCGAACUCGAGCGUGCAUCCCCGUGCGAUCCUCGAGUCACAGUUCCUCUCGAUCCGCUCACGCAUCGAGGCCAUCCUGCCAGAGCACGCUCCGCCGCUGCAGCGGCUCGUCGUCUGCGGCGGUUCGUCCGCGAACCCGGUCAUCCGGCAGCUCGCAGCGGACGCCUUCGGCAUGCGCGUGUUCAUCGCGGGCCAGCAGGGCGCAGCCGAGGGCGGCGCGCACCUCGCGCGCUUUGCAUGGUGGCGCGAGCAGAACGGCGGGCGCGGCACGUUUGAGGAGCUCCAGGCGAUGGACGGCGACGAGGAUGAGGAGGGGGAAGAGCGCCUCAAGCUCGUCGCGGAGCCGAACCCUAAAAACGUUGAUCUCUACCACAGCUUGGUCCCUAUGUACCGGCGGUGCGAGGAUGAGGUCGUCAGGAGGUGCGACGCGUCGCUUUCAGACCCCUCCAUUUAGGACAUUGGUUGUGCAUUUCUCUUUUCACAGCUCUCGUAGACGUUUGAUAUCGGGAUGUAACAUUACACAUAGACUGUCCCUUUCGUGCACAUACCGCAGUGUCUAUUACGUACAUGAAAACAUUGAAGUUACCUUUCAGACCAUUGCCAGGACAUGAGGCCUUGAUGUACCCGCCAGACCAUUCCUGUCGCUUGACAUGAGUCCGCCUUUCCC